AUGCUGUGGGGAGGGGGCCACACAGGGGUGGUCCUUGAGUCUCCCAAGAAGCCCUCUGAGUCGGGGAAAACAAAGCUGUUUGCAAAGGAGGGGCCACUGGGGCCUGCCUUCUCACAGGUGCCCUUGCCUCCAGGCCUGGGCCCGGUGGCCCCGAGUUCCAGGAUCUACACUAGGGUGGAGGUGGAGAAGACCUGGCCAGAGGCCCUGGGCUACUGCCGGAGCCAGUACACGGACCUGGUGGACCUGCAGGACCUGGGUAGCAUGCUGUCCGUCUUCUCCUGCCUGACAAGCACAUCCGCCUGGAUCGGCCUCUCAUACAACGUCACCGCGGGCACGAUCGGCUGGUCCACCGGCCUGCCCUUCGUCAACACCCUGGGCUGGUCCCUGACUGGGUUCCAGGCGGGGCUGUGCGCGUCCCUGCAGAAGACUUUGUAUGUGCCCUAUUUCCUGCCGUCUCAGUGCUCCUCCGAGAAACCUUUCAUCUGUUUCUAUGAGCCCUCCGCGAGUCAGCAGCUUCAGCUGCCUCCUGCAUCUCCAACUCCAGCGUUAUUCGAAGUGACCGUUGGCUCGAAGACGUUCAUCAGGAUCGGGACUGUGCUGGACUGGCCUUCAGCCUACUUCUACUGCAGGAGCAAAUACACCGACUUAGCCGACUUCCACGACGUGGCCGACGCGGCGGCCCUGAUGCCCAUCUUGGACGAUCAAGACCGGUGGGUCGGCCUGUUCUUCGAUGAGGAGAUUGGCCGGUUGAAAUGGUCCACCAACGUGUUUGGCACCCCAGAGUGGCUGAGCCAGAUCCUGUUCUUGCCAGGACAGUGUGGGACUCUUCACCUUUUCGGCAGCUCUAGAGCAAAGAUGUCGGCUAAUUCCUGCAGAGACAAGAAGCCUUUCAUCUGCUUCCACGACCCAACCUUCAGGUACCCAACGACGGCCCAAGCGAUUUUCGAUCCUCAGCCUGCCACCACCCAGGAAGGGGUGACCGCAUUCCGACCAGGUAACCGGCCCCGCUUCUCCCUCGGGAUCGGGAUCUUGCCUUGGCUGAGCCCGGACGAGGUGCCUCCCGGUCUCGGAUCUCCAGGAAGUCUGUGGGUCACAAAGGCAGGGCAGGGCUGGCGUAUGGGCACAGGACCGGAAGGUGGCUGCCAGGGACGAGGCCCUGUGCAGCCUCCCCAGUAG